CCGGUCGACGGCUUCAAUUCUCAUGAAGAUAUAACUUGGCCCUUCGACCAUGCCCCCUAUCCCCAUGGAUCCAAAAUGAGAAUCAAGAAGCCUCCAUGAGAAUCCUCCAUCUAAUGUCCACCAGAUCCAUAUGUGCCGCCCGCCGGGCGCCGCUGUCGUUCCUAACCCAUCACCCCCCACGCGCGCUGGCACGCCCAUAUGCCACACAGAGCAACUUGGGAAGCAAGCCCGAGCCGCCUCGUUCGCAGCGGAAAGCGAUCACGGUGAUCAGCGACGAUGGACGGGUCCAGUGGAAUGACCUGAGCAUGGGCGAGAAGGCCGCGCGGACGACGCAGCAGUCGUUUAAUUUUCUGGUGAUCGUGGUGGGAGUGGUGUUGACGGGCGGCGUAUCGUACUUCCUAUACAAGGAGGUCUUCGCCACCGACAGCAAAACGCGGGUCUUUGACCGCGCGGUGGAGCGGAUCAAAGACGAUCCGAACUGCGUGCGUAUCUUGGGGGAUCCAAAGAAGAUUUACGCGCAUGGAGAGGCGAGCUGGAAUAAGUGGACGCGAAACCGAUCGAUAGCAUCACGGAUUGAAAAGGAUCGGGUGGGGAUGGAGCAUUUGUAUAUGCAUUUUCACGUCGACGGUCCCGUCAAUCGUGGCAUCUGCCGCGUCCACAUGACGAGGCGGCCGGGUGGGGAUUUUGAGUAUUAUCAGCUGUAUCUGGACGUCCAGGGUCACCAGCGGAUAUUUUUGGAGAACGAGGCGGGGAAGAAGGAUGAGAAGUCGGGGUCAUCGACGGUCUUCGGUGUGAAAUGGUGGUAGAAAGAAUGCGAUUAGCAAGGCGUGAAAAGCUGUACGAUAUUGACAAUGGCAUAUGUCAUGGUGCGAAACGUCAAAUGCAUUGAUGGAUUUUUAUUGAUCUGCAACCUUUUGGCCGCGUGAAGAUGGACCCAGAAGGGCUUCCUACAUACAGCUCAUCGCAGACCAUGUUCUGGUGUGUCCGUCCUUUCAUAUGUAAUUAUACAGUUCCCAUAUGAGACCCAUGCGGUCCCUCAUGUCGCUCCAUAGUCGUGUGAU